AUGGGACAGAGCAAUCCGAAAAUCACAACUCAGUGGGCAGAUGGACCAUUCAAGCUCCUCGAAAGUCCAAGACAUGCUCGAAGGAUGGGCAAUGGCAAAGAGUCUUCCGGGGCAAUAAACGUGGCAACCGAUAUGGCAUUAGUACACAACUUUUUAAUUCGAGGGCUUAACUGCAUCUACCUCCAGGCUCCUUUCAUACCCGCCGAACUCAGACCUGAUUUCAUCAAAUUCAUGCAAACCUGGACCGUUACCAUCCAUCAUCAUCACAUGGGCGAAGAAGAAAAACACUUUCCCUGGCUCGAAGAAGACAUUGGGAUCCCAGGGUACAUGCAGGCUAGUGUGGAUCAGCAUCAUGAGUUUGAACCUGGAUUGAAAGCUUUUGAAGCCCAUGUGGUAGCGGUGAAAGAAGGGACCGAAGAGUAUGAUGGCCAGAAAGUGAGGGAUUUAAUUGAUGGCUUCGCCAUAAUUUUGACAAAACAUCUGGCCGAAGAGAUUGAGGCAUUGGUGGGCUUGGAGAAGUUUGAUGCAAUUGAUUGGGUUGCGUAUAACAAAAGGGUCUCUGCCGAUGCGAUGGCCAACACGGAUACGAUCUCUCGUUUGAAUCCCCGAUUCAUGGAGGUAUGUGGCCUCCGUGGCCGUUCUUCGCCGGCUGGAUCUUUCGAUUUUGGUAUAUACCGCAGCACAAGGAGCUUUGGAGGUUUUCUUCCUGUGACAGUAGGGGGUAUCCGAAAGAGUUGGAGUUUACGGGACCACCCUCACAGGAUGGGAAGUGACGACAAUCGUGGACUCUCCGCAAAGCACAAACUGGGUUCAAUUCGUGAGUUUACACCUCCUCCUGUCACAUCGGUAGUUGUAGGGCUCGAGGACUACACUCAAACAUUUCAAGCACAAACAAAUAUUUUAAUGAAAGAAGACAAGCAUGUCAGCAAUGUGAUAUCUCUCGUUGACCCUGACUUCCCUUCAUAUUAUGCACUGGGACCGCAUCGAAUUGGUGGGUACGAGCAAACAUUUAUACUAGAUGCAGAGCCCUUCAAGCCUCGCUUUCUCCUUACGGAUGCUAUACGCGUACACGACGAAUUCAGCGGAAAGUCGAUGGGUUUCUAG